UUGGAAGAUCCUGAAGAAGGCGACAUCUUCAUUGAUGGGCAGCGUGUCAACGAUCUUUCGCCUGCUGACCGUGACAUCGCUUUUGUCUUUCAAUUCUACGCGCUCUACCCACAUUUGAAUGUCUACGAUAACAUCGCUUUUCCACUCAAAGCGGUGAAUGUUUCAAAAACGGAGAUUGACACCCAAGUCAAGCGUGUUGCGGAAAUCCUACAAAUAUCCGACAUGUUAGAUAGAAAACCGAGUGUUCUCAGCGGUGGUGAGAUGCAACGCGUCGCGCUCGGACGCGCGAUGGUCCGCCAACCCAAGGUUUACCUACUUGAUGAACCUAUGGCGAAUUUAGACGCAAAGAUGCGCGUUGACACACGCGCUGAAAUUAAACGACUCCAACAUGAAAUCGGAGCGACUACCAUCUUUGUGACGCAUGACCAAGUUGAAGCGAUGUCCCUUGCUGACAGAAUCGCUGUGAUCCACCAAGGAAUCCUACAACAGAUCGGCACCCCGCAUGAGAUUUACAAUAAACCGCAGAGCCUCUUCGUUGCCGGAUUUAUGGGCAUGCCUACCAUGAACCUCCUUGACGCUGAGCUCACGCGCAAGGAAGGGGAAUCCGUACUACAUCUCAGCCACACCGAUGUUCACCUUCGCCUCUCUCCAGAACGGCAGGCAACUAUCACUUCAGGCGCGCAAGAAAACGGUUUGGUGUUUGGCAUUCGUCCUGAGCAUAUCACAGCAGUGAGUCAACCGAGUGAACAUAAUAUUUCUGCGCAUGUGCAUCUCAUUGAACCGCUUGGUGCCGUAAAUAUUCUUGACAUCCGUCUCGGCACGCAUUCGGAGACGCAGGACCCUAUCUUACUUCGGGUGAGAACGCAUCCGACAUUUCAGGUCGCAGUAGACGAUACUAUCUGGUUAGGUUUUGAUGAAACGGAAAUGCAUCUCUUUGACCGGGAGACAGAACAAGCAGUCUGGUAA